UCACAAAUCCAUGUUCCUCUUUUCAUAGUCUCCCUAUUGUUCCUCCUGAACAACAAUCAGUCAAUUUGUGUUUGUCACAUUAACUCAUACAAGGAUGGAAUGCCAUGGAGAGGAUGAUGGAGAACUGUGCAGAUGGAUGAGUUCAGUGCUGGUUAACAGCAAAAAUGACAUCAGAGCACGAGUGCAACAGUUUGUGGAGGAAAGGAUGCAGACCACGAUGCUCACAGGUGUGCUGAUUGGAGCUGCAGUCGCAAUCUCACUAAUUGGGAUUGUAGUACUCUUCCUUUACAGGAGAUUCAAGCUUGCUCGUAAACAACAGCCUGGUGUACCUCAGUAUCGCUUCAGAAAACGAGAUAAAGUGCUCUUCUAUGGAAGGAAGAUGAUGCGAAAGGUUCAGACGCUGUCCUCCAUUCCUCCUUCCACCUCUGCCUCAGUAUCAAAGCAACCGCAGCGCAUACGCAAAAGAACCAAAGUUCUAAGCAUAGCUCGCAAAAUCCUGAGGAUCCGCAAAGAUCCUCCCACCCUACAGCCCAAGGAACCUCCUCCUUCCCUGCUGGAGGCUGACCUAACAGAGUUUGAUGUGCAAAGCUCAAACCUGCCCUCCGAGGUCCUCUAUAUGCUGAAGAAUGUCAGGGUCUUGGGUCAUUUUGAGAAGCCCCUGUUCCUAGAGCUGUGUCGUCACAUGGUGUUUAUUGAGCUGCAGGAGGGUGAAUGUCUGUUCAGGCCCGGAGACGAUGACGAUAGCAUCUACGUGGUCCAGGAUGGACGACUGGAGCUCUGCAUCCAUGAGAACGAUGGUACAGAACCAGUGGUGAAGGAUGUGGCCCCAGGAGACAGCGUCCACAGCCUGCUCAGUAUUUUGGACACAAUCACUGGUUAUCCAGCUCCAUAUAAGACUGUAUGUGCGCGGGCUGCGACUCGCUCCACCAUCUUACGUUUACCUGCAUCAGCCUUUGAGUCUGUGUUUAAGAAAUACCCAGAGACACUUGUUCGCGUCAUUCAGAUAAUCAUGGUGCGCCUCCAACGAGUCACCUUCUUGGCAUUACAUAACUAUCUGGGCCUAACAACUGAGCUCUUCAAUCCGGAGAGUCAGGUGGUGCCCUUGUCCAAUAUAAACAGUGUGAUGGGAGAGGCGACUUCUGGGAAGAUCACUCGUCGUUUGUGCUUCCAGGACGAGUUGCACGCUGGGACCAUCGAGAGCCCCAUAGAGACAGAUGGUGUAAAGGACAGUUCUCCAAACAGCUACAGGAAGCCGCGAUCCAUCUCGAUGCCCACUGCCGACUGCACUGGUAAUGACCUGAACAUGGCUUGUGAGCGAGCUCGAGUCACUAUAGAUGAGGCUCCAUCCAGUCCUGUCACUCCCAAAUCCAGUCUGAAGAAGAGUGUGACAAUGCAGCACACACCCACUGAAGUGUUUCACUACACAGACAGUGGGGGGCACUCUGAUGCCAUCCACCUCAGUAAGAGCUGCACAAUCCUCCAGGCUGCUAAGAAGGACCUGCUGGGAAUCAUCCAGCUGCAGGACCCCAGUCUACUUGAGGGCCGAGUGACCCUCCAUCAAGUCAAAGCUGGUUCUGUGGUGGCUCGUCAGGGAGACCAGGAGGUGAGCAUCCAGUUUGUGAUCUCUGGCCUCCUCCAUGUUUACCAGCGGAUGAUUGACCGUGAAGAAGAGACGCGUCUGUUUGUGACGCACCCCGGAGAGCUUGUUGGUCAACUUGCUGUCCUGACCGGAGAGCCCCUCAUAUUCACUGUUCGAGCCCCCCCAACCCCCCCCCCCAAAACCCACUUCUAUGAGAUAAUGCGUGUGGAGCCAAAGGUAGUGCUGAACGUUGCUCACACAGUGGUGAGGAGGAUGUCCUCUUUUGUCAGACAGAUAGACUUUGCUCUCGACUGGAUGGCUGUGGAAGCUGGCAGGGCGGUUUACAGGCAGGGAGAGAAAUCCGACAGUACUUUCAUAGUGCUGAGUGGUCGACUGCGCUCUGUGAUCUUGAAGGAAGAUGGCAAGAAGGAGCUGAUAGGAGAGUACGGACGCGGUGACCUGAUUGGAGUGGUGGAGAGCCUGACCCAUCAGAACAGAGCCACCACAGUGCACGCUGUACGAGACUCUGAGCUGGCCAAGUUACCGGUAGGAGCUCUCAGCUCCAUCAAGAGGAAGUUCCCACAGGUUGUAACCAGGUUGAUCCAUUUACUGGGACAGAAGAUCCUCCAGCAGGUCAAUGGUCCUCUGACAGCUCGCAGUUUGGCCGUUCGCACUCCUGGCAGUAAGUGGGAUGUAGGGAACCCAGCCUCCAACCUGUCCACUGUGACAGUCCUGCCUGUAUCAGAAGAUGUACCUCUCACCGCCUUCACCCUGGAGCUGCAGCAUGCACUCAUGGCAAUAGGUCCUACUCUUCUGCUGACCAGUGAUACUAUCAAACAGCGACUUGGAUCUGCAGCGCUAGACAGUGUCCAUGAGUACCGUCUGUCCAGCUGGCUGGGCCAACAAGAAGACCUCCAUCGCAUAGUUCUUUACCAGACGGACUACACACUGACCCCGUGGACACAGCGGUGCAUCCGUCAGGCCGACUGCAUCAUUAUUGUGGGACUAGGAGAGCAGGAUCCUGCUGUUGGGGAGCUGGAGCGUAUGUUGGAAGGAAGUGCAGUGCGUGCCCAGAAGCAGCUAGUGCUGUUGCACAAAGAAGAUGGACCCCCUCCCAAAGGAACUGUGGACUGGCUAAACAUGCGAAGCUGGAUCUCCAGGCACCUCCACCUCUCUUGUCCCCGAAGGGUCUUCUCUAGGAGGAGCCUGCCCAAACUGUUGGAGCUAUAUCAACGUGUGUUUGAGAAGCCAGCAGACCGUCACUCAGACUUCUCCCGCCUGGCCCGGGUCCUCACGGGCAAUGCUAUUGCUCUUAUCCUGGGAGGAGGAGGGGCCAGGGGUUGUUCACAGGUGGGGGUAAUGCGAGCUCUCUGCGAGGCCGGCAUCCCAGUGGACCUCAUUGGUGGCACCUCUAUUGGUUCCCUGAUGGGGGCACUAUAUGCCGAGGACCGUAGCCACAGCCGCAUGAGGAUGAGGGCCAAAGAAUGGGCAAUGGAAAUGACAUCGGUGUUUAAGAAGAUUUUGGAUUUGACGUACCCAAUCACCUCCAUGUUCUCCGGUGCUUCCUUCAACUCCAGCCUCAGCAAUGUCUUCAAGAGCAAACAGAUUGAGGACCUUCGGAUCCCGUAUUUUAAUAUUACAACUGACAUCACUGCCUCUGCCAUGAGAGUACACACUGAUGGUUCUCUGUGGCGGUAUGUUCGAGCCAGCAUGUCUUUGUCUGGGUAUCUGCCUCCUCUCUGCGACCCCAAAGAUGGACACCUGCUGAUGGAUGGAGGCUACAUCAACAACUUGCCAGCUGAUGUGGCGCGCUCCAUGGGGGCUAAAGUGGUGAUAGCUAUUGACGUGGGCAGCCGAGAUGAAACCAACCUCACUAAUUACGGCGACUCGCUCUCAGGCUGGUGGCUGCUAUGGAAACGCCUCAACCCCCUAGCUGAGAAAGUAAAGGUGUUAAACAUGGCAGAGAUUCAGACUCGGCUGGCCUACGUGUGCUGCGUUAGGCAGCUGGAGUCUGUGAAGAGCAGUGACUACUGCGAGUAUAUCAGACCUCCAAUCGACAGAUACGGAACACUGGAGUUUGGCAAGUUUGAUGAGAUUGCUGAGGUGGGAUACCAGCACGGAAAGACUGUGUUUGACGUGUGGAUUCGCAGUGGAGUGGUGGAGAAAAUGUUGAAAGACCGACACCAGGAGGAGUUCUUCAACACCCAAAGCAAGAACAAUGUGGUGACCCAAUGUCCCAAUGCUUCCUUUACUGACCUGGCAGAAAUUGUGUCCCGUAUCGAGCCUGUCAAACCUGCUCUGGCUGAUGAGGAGUCAGACUACCACACUGACUAUGAAGAGGAGGCAGUGGAGAGCGCUCUGUCUGACAUGGAGCUAUACAAUCGCUAUGGAGAGCACACUGAAGGGGAGGAGACUGCUGACACGGAUGAAGAGCUGGAAGGGAGACAUGCAUGCCACAUUACCUCACUCACCAGCAGCCACCCCCAGUCUCCCACUGUCUCUGACAGUCCGUUAAACCAGGAAGUCCUUUCCAAACAGUCCGUUAAGUGAAGACCGAUCUAAUGAACUCUGCCCGAUCAGCUCAUCACAAUUUAACCUGCCUGUCUUUAACCCUCCAGUCCGUCCCACAUCAUGACUCAAAACCUGUCCCCUGCCGCUAUGACUGUCAGUGUGACUGCGAUUACCAUUUUGCCCUCUGUAACAUGGCCUUGUUAGCUGUGUGGUUGACAUAACAAAUGGACGGCCCCUAUAAAAUAACUGAAUACAGGCAGCUAGGCUCACAUUUACUCAGCUGCAAAUCCUAUGCAUUCCUAUUAUACAGCCACAAGUCUAAUUAUUUCUCAUAUUGAGAUGGUCAAGUGUACUCUCUGUAGCUUCACAUGAAUCAGUCCAGUGGAAGAUAGGUUAGGAUAUUUCCAUGAAAUAUUUAUUACAUGAAACAAGGUGAAAACAAUGAAUCUUUGUUAAUUACACUAUCUGUAGACAGAUUUGAGAUAGUUAAAGAGUCAGUUCACCUAAAUUCCCAAAUAACACUCCUCUGUUAUCUAGACAUGCAGAUAGUUUUGACAUACCCAUCUGAGAUUUCUGCCACAGUGUUGAAUAUUUUUGUGUAAACCUUUUAACAUGUCAGAAGAAAAACACCAAUUAUUUUUUUUUUGUCCUGUCUUAAAAUUCACACCUUUUCAGACCACUAAAAAUUGUUUAAAUGAAAGCAAAGAAGGCAGAUUUACUCUUUGAUGGGUCACGAAUAUAUAUUACUUUGUUUUAUUAAGGGGCCAAAAACGUCAGGGACACACAGCUCUGAAUAAUCUGCAGGACACAGUCAACAGUUUCUAUUGGAACGGAUUCCUCAGAAUGUAGAUCCAGUGCAAAUUGUUGACCGUGAGGUCUGUGGUAGUAUCUGCGAAACUGCUUCUAAAGACAGCUAUGUUUUUAUGAAUUUUUAAAAUGUAGUUUUUCAAGUGUGAGCACCACAAGCAAAAGUCUGUUUACCUCACUUAUAUUUAAAGCGACCAAAAUCUUAUAAACUGGGGCAAAUAACACCAAAACUAUCUACAUGGCUAGAUCCCACUAGAGGUAAGUAAAGACAAAUGCACUUUAUCAAUGCUUUUACACCACUUUAUCAGGUACACCUGUACAAGCUGCCAUAACUAUCUUUACAAAGACAUUGUCAGAAAUGUGUAAAUUCAUUUUUAUGAUGUGUUUAUUACGGAGGUCAUAGUUCAAGGUGGUGGUGUGCAUUAAAUUCUUUUAUUUUUUUAUUUUGUUUUCGUCCUCCCCAUCAACAAACAUGACUGGGACAGAAUACACGAGGGGGGUAGAAUAUUAAAAACACCCCUAAAGGUAAUGCAGUCCAGUUAUCACUACCUACGACCUCAAUGCUAAAACAUUGAAUUAUCACCUUUUAUGACAAUGUUAAAGAGAACAAUUGAUUAUAGGCAUCAUUAAGUACACUUUAUGGCAGAACAGUUGUAUUAGAUUACACUUUGUACAUUUGUACCUAAUAAAGUUGCAUUAAAGUAUUGCAUUGUUGUAUUAAGUUUUGAACUUAACCUGUAAUGUUUUAUACACUCAGUCUACGUUAUGAUUCACAUCAAGACUGAUUUACAGAAAGAUAGCAAAACAAGCAGCACACUCUAUGGCCACGGCUGCCCAGUGUGCCAGGGACAUAGAAGGAAGUAAUGAUUGCAAUCCACUUCAAAGCACUAGUUUCCCUCUCAGCUUGCAAAAGAACUCUGAAGCUCCACUCGCCUCAAUACAGUUCAUGCACAGGGGGCUAAAAGCAGAAGGACAGUUCUUCACAAGAACAUGUAACAAGUAACUUGUCAAGACAUGUUUUCGAUUUUUGUUUUUCUCCAGUGAUUUGGAUCUAAAUAUUCUUUUUAAACUGCCAUUAAAUCAGAUUUUUGUUGUAUUAUUGCAUACAUAAUUUUAUAGUCAAAUUUAAUAAAUAUUCACAAUUAAGCCAAUAAUGUGUACAACCUAAUAGCUAGAUGAUUUUAUGCACAAGUCACAACAGCUGGACAAUCACUCCAGCAAGGCAAUGCACAAAUACACUAACAAAUCGUUUUAAUGUAUAGCCUUGUUUAAAAUGCCUCUCUGUCAGACACUUUAAAGUUAACUUAACCUUAACUUAAAUUAUUGAUUAGUGUGAUAUUUAUUCUUCCAAUUGGCAGAUUCAUAUUUUGGUCUACGUCAGAAUGUCAAUGUAAAAAUUUCUUAGAGCUCAAGGGGACAUCUUUAAAUUGUUUUUGUCUGACCAACCGUCCAAAACCCAAAGAUAUUCAGUCUACUUCAACAAAGCCUCACAUCUGAGAAACUGGAACCAUCAAAUGUUUGGCAUUUUUGCUGGAUGAAUGGCUUAAACAAUGAAUUGAGUAUCAAAGUCAGUAGUUUUCUGUUGAUUGACUUAUCAGCCCUAAUUGCCUUAUAACCAGAGCCAUAACAAUACUGCAUAACAUUUUUCAAUGAGGAUCUUCUCAGUUUGUUUCUAAAAUAAUUAUGAUCAAAAUAUAAACUGAGUGGGUACAUUUUUGUUAAUAAACAAACUUGUCUGUGUUCCCUGGCAGACAAACUAUGUAAAAGUGAUUGUAUGACACAUGAUAAAAUACAAAUAUACCUGCAAUAAGCUCCUAUCAACCGGCCAAUUUAUCCGUCAGGCUCUAAUCAUUAGAAUAUCAAUGCAACUUUUUUGACUUUAUUUUCUUCCCACUUGAUAUAGCACCCUGCUAGCCUCACCGUAUGAAGCUGUGAUCUCAGCUAAUACUGGUGCUACAGUGCCUGCCACCAUACAUGUGUAAACAGUAGGAGAAACCCUGUGAUGAUAAACACUAUGGGGAUGCUAUAUGAUGUUGUUAAAUGAAGUCUGGACACAGAAUGUGCGAGUAAGGCAGAGAGGGAAACGUUUACCAAUGUGGUAAUGGUCUUUGCACUGGUGUUUUCUUUUGUACUUUUGGGCGUUUUCCAAAAACGGAACACAAUGAAAUUAUGUCUGGCAGAAUGAAUGUUUCGCUACUUUAUUAAAUUGGACAUGGUAAUGUGUGGAUGAAGUGCUUAUGUAAUGUGUGGAACUGUGCCAUGAAGUUAAUCUUACAAAGCCUUAAGAUGACCCGUACAGAAAAACAACCACUCGUGCCCUCAUUUAACAUUACUGUCUAAUGAUGAAUGUUUGCCAGUAAGCCUGUACUGUAGGCCAUCAGUUAUUUGUCAAUAUUUAUGUUACUUGAAAAAUAUAGUUUUUGAUAAUUGUUACUAAUAAACCACUGUUUGCUGUAGUA